GUUAUCAAUUUUAAUUUCAUGACAGGCGAGAGAUUAUCGCUGGAAUAUAAAAAGAAUAGCCUUAUUAAAUAAAUCAGUAAUCUCCACAAGAUACAAUAAAGCUUUUUACAUUAUACCAUAAUCUAUUUUAUUUUAAAAAUGAAGCACCUUAUAAUUGCUUUUUCACUUCUGUUGUUUAUAAAUGAUUGUAAACCUACACCUUUUAAGAAAUGCGAGGGACAAUCGCCUCCAACGAAUCUCAGAAUUAAAGGAUGUGAAGAUUUUCCUUGUAAACUUUAUAGAGGGAAAAAUGUUACAGCAGAGUGGGAUUUCAUUAUCAGUGCACCAACAAAAGUCUUGAUUCCAAAAGUGACAGCAUUUGUACUAUCAACAACUGUUUCUUAUCCGUUUGCUCAAAAGAAUGCGUGUGAGACUCUAAUAAAAGGAGAAUGUCCAUUGAAUAAGGGAGAAGAAGUUACGUAUUCUUUAAACAUGCCGGUACUAUCAAUUUACCCGCAAAUAAAGUUAAGCAUUCAAUUUCAAUUUAUUGACGAUAAUGGUAACGUACAAGUGUGCUUUAUUGUACCUGCGAAAGUUGUAUAAUUGUAGAUAUAUUUACCACUUUAGAAGAAUAACGUAUUAUAAAAAAGAAACAUUAGAAACAAUAAAAAAUGUAAUAAAAUAAAUAAUAUUAUAUUUCCUUGUAAUAAAUAUUUUAAUAUUUAUAUGUGCCAGCUAUAUAUUAUAUGUUGUAAUAAAUACUAUUAACUAAUA